AUGACGGCGCAGGUAGAUUACCUGGUGGUGGCUUUCACCGCCACAUCUGGCGCCAGCGGGGACCUGCUGGGAUCCGACGAGAAGGAGCUGGUGCGGCUGGUCUGGCAGCUGGUGGACGUCAAGAACAAAAAGUUGGGCCGGGUGAAUGAGCUCCUCAUCAAGCCUGACCUCUCCGACAUGACGGAGGAGAAGGAGGAGGAGGAUGUGGUGGAGGAGAGCGUUGAGGAGGAGAACGGAUCAGGAGCAGAGUGCGUCUCCACAUCCGCAAACCUCGAGGCAGCUUUAAACCAGUUUCACCUACAGCUGACAAACGAGGUGAACAGUGCGGGCGCGGGCACGUCGGUGUGUUUGUGUACAGACGGGCAGCUCCACAUCCGCCAAGUGAUUCACCCCGAGGCCGCCAGCAAGAACAUCCUGGUGCCCGACUGUUUCUACUCGUUCUUCGACCUGCGGAAAGAGUUCAAGAAGCACUUCCCCUCAUCUGACCUCAAGGCUUCGACUGUGCACAUCAUGGCAGAUGACUUUUUAAACUUUUAUUUUGACUCUGCUGUAAGUUAGGCAGCCGUACAGCAGGUCCAGAUGAUGGCCAGCAUCGUCCUUGCACUGCUAUCUGAGCCAUUCGGUCACACAUUUUCUAACUCGGAGAGAGUAAGUGAGAAGUUUGAGACUGGAACCUGCAGUAAGAUGGAGAAAGUGUGCGACAACACAGUGAUCAGAGCCAGAGGGUUGCCAUGGCAGUCCUCUGAUCAGGAUAUUGCUCGAUUCUUCAGAGGACUCAACAUUGCCAAAGGAGGGGCUGCACUGUGUCUGAACGCUCAGGGGAGGAGGAACGGAGAAGCUCUGGUUCGUUUUGUCAGUGAAGAACACAGAGACCUGGCUCUGCAGAGACACAAACACCAUAUGGGCAACAGAUACAUAGAGGUUUACAAAGCAACAGGAGAGGACUUCCUGAAGAUAGCUGGAGGUACCUCCAAUGAGGUGGCGAUGUUCCUGUCCCGUGAGGACCAGAUCAUAGUGAGGAUGCGGGGUCUUCCAUUCAUCGCCACACACGAGCAGGUGCUCGCCUUCUUCUCCCCAGGAGACGGCUUUAAAGAGACGUGUCCCGUCAGUGGAGGCAGGGAUGGCAUCCUAUUUGUUCACUAUCCAGACGGACGUCCCACUGGCGAUGCGUUUGUCCUGUUUGCCUGCGAGGAACACGCCCAGUGUGCCCUGAGGAAACACAAGGAAAUCCUGGGGAGAAGAUACAUUGAGCUGUUUAAGAGCACGGCAGCAGAGGUCCAACAGGUGUUGAACCGGUACUCAUCAGCCCCUCUGAUCUCUGUGGCCCCUGCCCCCUUGGUGUCAGUUCUACCUGCGGUGUCUCUUCUUCCUCCUCCGGGUGGUUUGAGGGACUGUCUGAGGCUGAGGGGGCUGCCUUACACAGCGAGCAUAGAGGACAUCCUCACCUUCCUGGGCGAGUUUACACACGACAUCAGACCACAUGGUGUGCACAUGGUCCUCAACCAGCAGGGCCGUCCGUCAGGCGACUGCUUCAUCCAGAUGACCUCAGCAGAGAGAGCACUUCAGGCCUCACAGCGGCUCCACAAGCAUGUGAUGUCCAGCCAGCGAGGGGCGAACAGCCGCUACGUGGAGGUGUUCCCCUGCAGCGCAGAGGAGAUGGGCCUGGUGCUGAUGGGAGGCUCGCUCUCACACACACUUACACACACACACAACCGGAGCAGGAGUGGGACAGGGCUCAGCCCGCCGCCAUGUCUAUCGCCGCCAUCGUACGCCUUCUCUCCCGCGCCACCCGUCUUCCCUUCAGAGGCCGCUGCUGCCCUCUACCCUCCCAUUGGUCAGGUGUUGCUGACCCCUCGCCACCUGCCGCCAGGACACGCCUACUACCCCAACACAGCUCAGCUAUACAUGAACUACACAGCGUACUACCCCAGUCCACCUGGCUCACCCAACACCUUAGGAUUCUUCCCCUCCCCCUCCUCCAUCUCCUCUCAAGGGGGGUUGAUGCGUAUGCCAGGUUUGCCUUACGGCAGCAAUGGAGUCAAAGAGCUGCUUAAUGCCGUGCAGGGAUACCAGUACGCCCCCGAGGAUGCUCUCUUGCACGCCCAUGGGGCCCUGCAUGCUCACGACCCGGCCAGGACAAUGCUUACGCAGCCCAAAGAAUGGGUGUGUAUUUAA